AUGGGACGCAGCAGUUCCAGAAUCAGCCGUCGGCUGCCGCCGUCGAUGCUCAUCUUCCUGCUCCUCCUGCUCGGCACCACUCCACAGUGUGAGGCGAGAGCGCUGAGGCAGAGCAAGAGGAACUCGCUCAUGAACGCGCUCUUCAAGCUCAACUUCGUCAGGGAAGUGCAGCCGACGCCGUACCUGCCGCCUCCUGCAGACGCUAGCGCCCAGGACGGGGACACCGCCGCGAGCCUCGCCGCCGCCGCCGACAGCGUCAACCCUCCCUUCUGCGUGAACCCACCGAACGCUCCCCCGUCGUCGUCCACGCCGCCAUUCUCCUCGACGGGGCCGUCCUCCUCCACCCCUUCCGCCCCGGACCAGCUUCCGCCGAUCACGCCCAUCCCGCCGUCCUUCGAGCCCAGCCCGCCGGCCGGCACCAGCACCCCGGGCUCCAGCCCUGGAACGGGUACGCCGACGGUCACGCCCACGCCCAUCAACCCGCCACAGUUCGCUCCGAGCCCGCCCGGGACGGCGCCGCCGAGCCCGAUCGUCGUGGUGCCCAGCCCGCCCAACGACUCCGGCACAGGCUCGGGGGGCGGCAGCGGCGAAGGUGGAGGCGGUGGCGGAGGCGGCGGCGACGAAGGUGGACGCGGGGGCGGCGGCGGCGGGUUCAUGCCGCCGAUCAUCUACCCGCCGCCGCUGGCCCCGCCGAUGGCGCCGGGGGCCGGGCAGGCGAUGUGGUGCGUGGCCAAGCCCACGGUGCCGGACCCGAUCCUGCAGGAGGCCAUGGACUACGCGUGCGGCUCCGGCGCCGAGUGCCGCUCCAUCCAGCCCGCCGGCGCCUGCUCCCAGCCGGACACCGUGCUCGCCCACGCCUCCUACGCCUUCAACAGCUACUGGCAGAUGACCAGGGCCAACGGCGGCACCUGCGACUUCGGGGGCACAGCCACCAUCGUCACCAGCGACCCAAGCUAUGACCAGUGCGCGUUCGACCUUGUCUGA